GGUUAGGCUGGCAAGGAGGGAGGAAGGUAAGAGUCAACCUCAAGCACCAGAGCCAGCCCUGUCCCACCACUAGCAUUGAUUAUGGGAGCUGCCUUGCCUGCUGGAUUUGUCCCAUAGGGGAGAGAUCUUCCCAGCUCAUGACUACUUAUAAGGGACUUUCUGCUCCCUCACAACAUGGCUCCAUGUUUUCCUGGGCUGCAGUGAUAGAAGUCUGAAAGACAAAUUAGACAGACAUCUCCUCUCCAAGUGCACCACUCUUUAAAUAGAGGCUCACCAGUUUUCCCAGAUGUUAGUUUAGCAAUGCAAGGGCUAAACAAACAGCAGCAGAUGGGAAGUCCCCUGUUGUUGUGCACCACAAAGCUAGAAUACAAAUCCAAAACACGUUUUGCAGAGUUGCUGCUCACAGCAGGUUAGUUUGAGUGAGCAGUGAGCUACAGCUGAAGGAAAUGAGAGAGCAGCAGGAACGUUGUUAUAUCCUUCUCAGCUGUGAUUAGGAAGGAGCAUUGGAAGAUGAUGGCUCACCUCUGAGUUCUGUGUGCUGCUGCUGCAGCAAGGGGUUGAUGGCAUGCUGUGACUGAAAAUAUACUCUGACAGCUCCUGGCAAAGUGACUCACGAGAGAGAUGUUUCCUGGAGCUGGGCACCAAUGUCCUGAGGCCAGCUGAGCAGCUCUUAUUCUUUUCAUGAGAUACAGGGCUGGAGAGCCAGGAAAAGUGGCACAGUGCUGCUGCUCCUCCAGAGAUAACUGUGGCAGGGCUGGGUCCUUCACCCUCCCCAAUGCAUCGGGAGUCUGCAGACACUGUUCCUCAGGGUUCCAACCAGCUGUGUCCAUCAAGCACCAAAAGCCACGUAGCCACCACUCUACUGCCAGCUGCAAGACAGAGCCUCUCUGACCACGCUGUCGGCACAGACCCACUGGCAGAGAGGACAGGUCAAAGGCAGAACAGAGGGAUGAGGACUCGCCUGGGCUGCCUGUCUCACAAAUCAGACUCAUAUAAUGAUUUCACAGCUAUUCUUCCGGACAAGCCCAACCGGGCUUUGAAAAGGCUGUCAACAGAAGAAGCAUCAAGAUGGGCAGACUCUUUUGAUGUCCUUUUGUCCCAUAAAUAUGGGCUGGCUGCUUUCCGUGCUUUCUUGAAGACGGAGUUCAGUGAGGAAAACUUGGAGUUCUGGCUUGCCUGUGAGGACUUCAAGAAGACCCGCUCAGCAGCCAAGCUGGCCUCAAAGGCUCAGCGGAUCUUUGAGGAGUUCAUUGAUGUGCAGGCUCCUCGAGAGGUGAACAUAGACUUCCAGACACGGGAGCUGACAAGAAGAAAUAUGCAGGAGCCCUCCCUCUCUUGCUUUGACCAAGCCCAGGGGAAGGUGCACAGCCUGAUGGAGAAAGACUCUUACCCCAGGUUCCUGAGGUCCAAAAUUUACACAGACCUGCUGUCUCAAACCCAGAGGAGGCUCAGUUAAAGCAGCGAUGGGGCCCUGAGAAACCAUGUGCUUCCCACAACAGCGAGAAACCAUGUCUAAAUGUGAAACUUUUUGGUGUGGGAAUGAGAAAAGAGGGAGAAAGGGAAGAAGAGAUUCCAGAGUGUGAUCCAGAUGUGGUAUUAGGACUCUUUCUGUGCUUUUUUUUUGGUUAGUGGUAGCACCUUGCAGUUGUUGCCCCUCUAGCACAAACCCAUAAACCUUUCUAGUCAUGGGGUCAUCUGUUGGGAAGUUUCCUUUGAAAUUACUAUGCUGGUUUGUGUGUAAAUAAUGCCAUUGCACCUUUCCAUCCUUCCAGACCUCUCCCUGGCUCUCACCUCUCCCCUGUGUUUGGAAGGGCCCUAAGGGCAGUUGCGAAAUGUGUGAAGCCAAGUCCAGUCUGAAGCAUUGUCUCCCACGCUGGCUGCUGGGGUCUGAAUCCAGGGACCAUGAGGAGGGGGAGAGAAGACAAAGGCACAUGAUUCAUGCUGCUUCCCAGAGUGGAAACCAUCAAUGAACUCAGCUCACCUUCCCAUUUUGAUUGCACACCUUGUAACACCAGCUGCUAUCCUGUCACAGCCCCUUAUCUCCCAGGGAUGGAGAUUAAGAGUUAUUUUCCAUACAACUGUCAAGGAGCUAUUUUUUUUUUUUCAUGAGGAAUGUAUCCCAAAAGCUCUCACUAGACCUGGUCAGGCAAGUCUUCUAGGGAAAAUGACUGGUUUUCAUUAAUAGCAUUUAUUUGUGCUGUAGUUCAGCCUCAGGACCCCUGUCAUCAUUCAGACUGUAUUGUGCUAGGCACUGCCCCAAAACCUAAGACAAAGAGGUUCCUAGCCACCAUUACAUUAACAGGCUUGGUGGGUUCUCAAGAAUGACCUGCCAUUAGGAAAGAGUUGAGAGAAGGACUGUCCCAUCUGCCCCAUGCUGAGAUGUACAAAGAGCACAAGACCUGUCUUCUAUGGCAGAUAGCAUUGUUCAUGUAGUAUCUGUAGGGAGAUACUACAUCUGCAUAGCAGGGAGAGAUAACAUGAAAAAUCACAAUUACAUUUUUGUCAUUUGCUGAUCAUUGACUGUAGUUGUUACCUACCAGUUGUCCACUGUGGGUUCAAUACCAUGUAAAGAUCUGCUGAAACAGA